CUGGUGGUUCCCUGACAGUAUGUAUGUGUGUAUUUAUUUGUUUAUUUAUUAAUUUAUUAUUAUGUCAUUUUAUAUUUUUAUCCAAGAGUGCAGUCUGAAAGCUGAGGGCGAAAGUAAAAGGAACAGAGACUCCUCCUCCCUUAUUCCUCCUCUGUGUUUGCAUCAUUUCAGCUGAUUCACUGCACAUCAAGAAACUGGGCUGGGUUUCACCAUCAAAAUGAUUCCAGAAAAGAGAAUUUUUGUCAUAGUCUUUGGGAACACCAUGGAUUCCCACAAGACCUUUCUGGAUCAACUAACAAUUUCAAAUAAAAUUCGUGAAGUACAAUCAGUAAAGGACAGUGAUGUCAUCAUUGCUUUUGUCUCAAUUCAAUCUCAUGCUGGAACUGACAUUUCAGCUGCAAUGGAGGGAAUUCCUGAGGGUAAACCUGUCAUUCUUGUGGCUCUCCACCACACAUUUAAUCCAGAUGAAAUGGUUCCAGACAGCAAAUACUGUGUGAACCGGACAGAUGUGUUUUCCGUAGACUGUCUCUAUCAUAAAGAUCAUAAGCUGCUGAGAUGUCUGCGCAAUGACGAUGCAAUCAGAGCAGUGAAGAUACACCUUGGAGCAGAUGACUCCUUCGAGAUUACAUCCAACAGACGCACAUGGACAGCUAUGGAAAUUGCUGUGAUUAUUCUGCUUAUUGUUGUGGUUUUUGUUGUGGGCAUCAGUGUGGGUUUUGGGCAAGGUAUUGGAAAUGGUAUUGGAGUGUUUAUUGUAUUGGGUAUUGUUGCCCUCAUUGUUGCAAGUAUUUAUCUGUGUAGCGGUUUGCGUAAUAAGCUUGUGUCACGCUUUAUCUAAUACAUAAUAAUUUUAAUAUUAUUUUCUAAAUUUUUCUCCAUCUAAAUUGUCUAAAACAUAACAUAGUUUUAUUAAAUGAUUAUAUUUGUGACAACUUUAAAACCUGGAUGCAGAGAGUCACAUGUCACUUGUUUAACACUGACAGGAUGUUUAAAAUAACAUAGACUUAGGGUUUAAGUUAAGGUUUGAGGUUAGGGUUAGAAGGAUAUGUUAAGGCUAAAGGUUAGGGUUAGAAAAAAAAUUUUAUUUAUCUGAAUAGAGCUGUUGGGCUGUUGUAACAAUAUUCAGAUUUUUUUUGGAUUUGUUAAAAGAAAGGCAAUGGCGGUACGUCAAAGUUUCCAUUUCCAUAUUUUUAUUUCCUGUGUCUUUGUACAGUGUUCUUAAUAGUCACAAACUAAAAACAUUUCCCCCUAUCUUACAAAAGCUACCCAUCCAGGAGAGUUUAUAAAGCUGAUUGAUGCCACUUUUCAGACUCACAGCAUCCAUUAAGUAGUUCACCGUUGGGCAUGAUAUAAUGAAAUUUCAAAAUGUACAUAAAUAUACAACAAAUUCUGAAGUUCUGUGUAAUAAUGUGUGUGAAAAUGUCUGCUGCAUGUAAAUAAAUAAACAAGCAAACAAACAAGCACUUUCAGAAAUUGAUUUUAAUUUGCACAAGUAGAAGGUAAAACUACUUAGUAAAAUUAACUGCUUUUUUCUAGCAUGUUUAAUUUUUUUUUUUUCAGAGCCAAUUUACGUACCUUAGUAAAUAUAUCUUUGGGUUGUUAUAUUACGAUUUGUGUACAUUUCUUGAUUAAUGCCAAUGUUUGUCAAAAUUUCAUGUGAA